AGGAGGGGCGGCCGCCGCGCGCCAUGUCGCAGAGCACCCUCGCCCAGCUCGGGGCCUCGUACGGGCGGGUUGUGGAGGAGACUCUGCGGCGCGUGGGCGCGCAGCAGCACACCAGUGAGGCGGUCGAGGAACUCGGCCGCCGCUGGCGUGCCGCGCUCGAGCAGGAGCUCGGGCGGCUGGGCGGGGCGCUGGGCUGCCACGGGGCCUCAGGGGGCCUGCUGCCCGCGGAGUGCCCGGCCGGCCCCGAGCUGAUGCCGGAGGCGCUGCCGCCCGCUCUGCAGGGCCCCGGGGGCUUCGCCGCCUCGCACGUGGAGCAGCGCGGCGCGCACGUGGAGCUUCCGGGCCUGGCGCCGUGGCUCGCCGGCGGCGAGGCGGGCG